AUGGCUUCCACCCCAAACUCUCUGCCACCCCAAAAUGGCUUCCACCCCAAACUGGCUGCCACCCCAAACUGGCUGCCACCCCAAACUGGCUGCCACCCCAAACUGGCUGCCACCCCAAACUGGCUGCCACCCCAAACUGGCUGCCACCCCAAACUGGCUGCCACCCCAAACUGGCUGCCACGCCAAACUGGCUGCCACCCCAAACUGGCUGCCACCCCAAACUGGCUGCCACCCCAAACUGGCUGCCACCCCAAACUGGCUGCCACCCCAAACUGGCUGCCACCCCAAACUGGCUGCCACCCCAAACUGGCUGCCACCCCAAACUGGCUGCCACCCCAAACUGGCUGCCACCCCAAACUGGCUGCCACCCCAAACUGGCUGCCACCCCAAACUGGCUGCCACCCCAAACUGACUGGCUGCCACCCCAGACUGGCUGCCACCCCAGACUGGCUGCCACCCCAGACUGGCUGCCACGCCAGACUGGCUGCCACGCCAGACUGGCUGCCACGCCAGACUGGCUGCCACGCCAGACUGGCUGCCACGCCAGACUGGCUGCCACGCCAGACUGGCUGCCACGCCAGACUGGCUGCCAACCCCAGACUGGCUGCCACGCCAGACUGGCUGCCAACCCCAGACUGGCUGCCAACCCCAGACUGGCUGCCAACCCCAGACUGGCUGCCAACCCCAGACUGGCUGCCAACAACAGACUGGCUGCCAACCCCAAAACUGGCUGCCAACCCCAAACUGGCUGCCAACCCCAACCUGGCUGCCAACCCCAAACUGGCUGCCAACCCCAAACUGGCUGCCAACCCCAAACUGGCUGCCAACCCCAAACUGGCUGCCAACCCCAAACUGGCUGCCAACCCCAAACUGGCUGCCAACCCCAAAACUGGCUGCCAACCCCAAAACUGGCUGCCACCCCAAACUGGCUGCCACCCCAAACUGGCUGCCACCCCAAACUGGCUGCCGCCCGAAACUGGCUGCCGCCCGAAACUGGCUGCCGCCCCAAACUGGCUGCCGCCCCAAACUGGCUGCCGCCCCAAACUGGCUGCCGCCCCAAACUGGCUGCCGCCCCAAACUGGCUGCCACCCCAAACUUGCUGCCACCCCACACUCGCUGCCACCCCACACUCGCUGCCACCCCAAUCUCGCUGCUACCCCAAAUUAG